UCCAUUACCGCAAGAGUCCCCAAAAUUGUGAUUUGAUUUUUCUUCAAGAGGAAGCAUAAAAUGGAUAAACAAAGGGUACGGGACAACGGAGUUAUCCGAGUUCCGUGGCAACAGCAUAGGCACGGGCAGCCAUUUCAACAGCCUCUUCCGAAGAUGACGCCUCCUGAGUGCAUCGGCGCUUUUAGCAUCACCGACGGGGAGUAUCAGAACGACGCCCGGAAUGCCACCUAUCUGUGCGAUCCCUUCCCCGAAACGCCCAUCGAUCUUAACCACGGGAUCGAAAAUGUGAUACGAAAGGGAUCACGAACCCUACUCGACAUAGAGUAUGUGCUUAAAUAUGUAGAAAGUCAUCGAAAAGAACUUCUGGUAGUGAAGGGAAACACCAUCCAACUCGAAGCGGAUUUCGUAGCGUUGCGGGGUGUCUUGAGGCAUAUCAUGUGUCUGCAGUACGACCGUCUGCAAGAUCUUCGGAUUAAGGUGACACGAGCAAACGGCACCAUCUAUAUAAAUAAAGAGGACACCGAGGAGAAAUUGGCGCACGAGGCUUCCUUGUCAAGCCGGCAACUCGACAUGUGCUCCUGGGGCUUCAAGUUUGAGCAGUGCCUAACCAGCGACAAGCCAUGCGGUAAUCCGGUAACCGAUGUACCUGUCAACGAGGGCAACGAACUUAACUGCGUUUUUCGCAAAAAUAUAAAUGGACUUCGUUUGAUUUAUGGAGCCGAAAUGGACUGCAUUGUCAGUUCUCAGCCAGUGAAUUUCCAGGACCCUCUCAACUAUAAACGCCUUGAAUUUGUGGAGCUGAAGACUGGACCCUACAAUAGGAGCCCCCAUCAAGAAAACAUGUUUAGCCGCUUUAAGUCGGCCAACUGGUGGAGCCAAUCUUUUCUGGUCGGCAUCAAGACGAUCUACGCCGGUUUGAGGGACAAUAACGGCGUGGUGCAGGAGAUUCGCCGAUACGAUACGCGGGAAAUGUCCCGUGAUUCACCGUGGAGCCCAGCGGCCAUGGUUGUGUUUCUGGAGAAGUUCCUGCGCCAACUCAAGUCUCUCAUGGAGGCGAUCGACGAUCCAUUUGCCGUUGUCCAGGUUGAUUUCAAGUGUCAGGAACGAUGUGCUUACUAUAAGGUGCUGCGCGGCAAGGAAAACCAGAUUCUACCCGACUGGUACCGCGAGCUUCUAAAGGGCCAGUUUGGUUGAAACAACUGACUUUCAAGGUCUUGCGCUUAGUAAUCGGUUAAUAAUUGGCCAGGAUUAUCAUUUUGCUCUCGUCCACAUAGGGCGAACUCAAGAUAUCCCUUAUUUGGAUAAGGUGUCUCUGAAAAAUUGAAAUGUACAAAUAUUUUAUUCUUCGAUUUUUAUAAAGAACGACUAAGAAUCUGCC